GAGGCAGUGGAGGAGAAAGAGGAGGAGGAGGAAGUGACGACAAAUCAGACGACGACGCCGUCUUUUCUGCCGGAGCUGGAUCAGUGGUUCAAGGAGCAUGCAGCCGAGUUGGAGGGCAAUAAGACGGCGAAGGAAGAGGCUGAUUCGGGCGCCAAGUUGGCUGAUUUUGUCAAAAAGUACGGACCAGCAAUUUAUGAAAAACUGAGGGCAGUCCAGACUGGAAAAGCGAGUCAGUAA